CACGGGGUAAAUCAACAUAAAAAAUGGCGUACAGCUAUAUCAGCCAGAAUAAACUCAGUGGAAAGCAGGAAUGUUCCGGAGGUCUAUUUUUUCUGAGAGAUCCAAGCUCCUCUCCAAGCACCUCCUGGUUGUCUAACGGACAGGACAGUAAAGACCAGGCAGACUCCCUCAGGGAGCAGCUCGGGGAGAUGGAUGAGCAUAUGGCCAGGCUUCAAAGAGAUCUAAGAUCUGAGCGUACAAAAUGCUCCCGUCUGCAGCUGCAGUGCAACCGGCAGGAGGCGGAGCUAAAGCGCAGAGAGAUGCAAUGCAAUAGACUGAAGGAGAGGCUCUCACAGCUCACUGACAGACAAAGAGACAGAGGACCAUCUAUAGAGGUCUUAAACCUCCCUCCUGGAAACAGAGGGAAAAGAGAGCAACCCAGGAAACCAAUCAGGUCUACUGCCAAGCGAGAAGAAGCUGCACUGCUCCUGAUGCUGGACCGCAGAGAGGCAGAGCUGAGAGAGGCGAUGAAGCUGCGCCACAGUCUCACCACUUUGUUGCAUGCACUCAGAGUCGACAUGGAGCAGUGGCUGGAGUUUCUGGAUGUCAAUGAUGGAGACAAAAAGCUAGAUGAAACUGAAGCAGUCCUUGGUGAACACGUGACUGGAGGAGUCGUUCAGAGCUGGAGGCUGGUGCAGCAGAAGCUAAGAGGCAUCUUUUCUGAAGAUCAAACUGCUGCUGGUACUGACCACGAUAAGCUUCUGGCUCAGCUAGAGAUGGAACUGAAGGAAAGUAAGGAGGUGGUCAGAUUACAGCAGCAGCUUCUACAGGAUAGCCUUGUCUCCACGGUCCCAUCUGAACUCUCAGAUUCUUACUUUUUGGAAGAGUGGGAACGUCUUCAGAUGUCCUGGGCAGAGUUGACUCAUCAGAGGAGAACUUUUGAAAGGGAACGGAAAGCUUUCACAGACGCUGCAAUUCGACUGAGCCACGAGCGACGAGAUUUUGAACAACAAAGGAACUUGUUUUUGAAGCAGCAGUAUCUAAGCGAAUCACCCGUGUUUAAUCGAGGAGCAUCAAACAGGAGGGAGAGCACCGCUUUCAAUUUCUCCAGUGAGGGAGGAACUAAUGUAUCUGGCUGUCUACCCAUUACUCCCUCACCAAGCAACUCUGGGAAUGCAGCUUCUCCUGGAUUACAUGAAGAAAGGGUCAGAGUUCAAACCCCGAGCACGCCGCAGCUGUACUCUGCCCUUAAUCUACCAUACAAUAACAGGUCUAGAGGAAAUGACCACCACUCUGAGAUGUGUGAAGUUGGGUCAGGCAGGAGACUGCGCACACCCUGGCCUUCAUAUUUGGACUGGUCAUUUUAGUACAAUCUAUUUUCACUGCUGUACUUAAAGAAUAUAUCUUGUCUUCAAUUUUGUAUUUUUUUUUUUAAACUACUUUAAUAAAAGAUUUUAUUUAAACCAGUUACUCACUGCAUGCUGCCAACUGAUAUUUUUUUUUAUUCAGUGAUAUAUGAAACAAUUUUUCUCUUGCUGUGGUCGUUCUAACAUAAUUCAAUUGAUCCUGUUGAGGUUCUACAACUAAGACUCUCUAAUGUAAAAGGAGUAUUCACUGGGUUCAAGCUGGUAACAAAGAGAUCCGUCCCUAAAAGGUACAGUUCUGCUCGCUAAGGGCGAAAGGUUUAUCCCUUCUAUUCUACGCCUCCCAGUCUCUUUGUGGAUAAUUUAGUUUGUAAAUCUGCUAACAAAAUGUUGCCUGACUUCUUAUGGGAAAAAAAACAAAACAUUAUUUGCACUAAUCUGUCAUCUUAAACUGUGA